CCCCUCUGUUUUCAGUGAGGCCCACGAAGAAGAGAGCCUCAGCCGUGAUCCCCACCAGCCUGUCGUCAUGGGGAAGAAGAAGAACAAGACCAAGGUGAGAAAUGCACGGGAUGAUUCUCAUGCUCUCACAUUCUGACCAUCCACACGCCUCUCUUACGUCCCUGUGGUCUCUGUGUGCCUACAGAACAAGUCACAGGCCGCUCCGGCCGCUUCGCCCGCCCAAGCCCCAACAUCCCCCUCGCCAUCCCCCGACGCAUCGCCCACGACGAAUGCCAACGCCCCCCAGCCGGCCGCACCUGAUGCCCCCAACCUCCCACCAGGAGACGACCAAGGCCCCGAGAACGAGCCGGGCAUCGACCAAGAGCCGGCAUCAGCGGACGACAGCAGCACCCCGGCCGAGGAGACGCCGCAGGACACCGACACGACGCCCAAGGAGGACGGAGAGGGGCAGUCAGCCGGGCAGGAGGACGACGAGCGGCUCAUCAAUUACCUGAAGGAGCACGAGCUCAGCUUCAGCAUCGUCAUCAAGGCGAUCAAGAAGUGCCGGAAAAACCUCGACGCCAUCGCUCGGCUGGAGGCACGGCAGCCCCACACGUUGUCGCGGGAGGAGGCCGAGAAGGUCAAGAGCAAGUUGCGGAUGGAGCACGAGAUGGCGAUGCUGGUCAAGUUGAGAGACGAGUGCCUCAAGGCUGCGAGGGAGGGGGUGGGGAGUGAGGGGGCGAAGGGCAAGGGGCAUGCUACGACCCAGACGGAGAUUGUCGUUGUUGAGGUGAGCAGGGAGGGUAGGCAGGCCACGGGAGCACCUCUGUGCCUGUCACAUUCCCUGGUUCCCCUGUGUGUCAUUAUUCCUCUCUGUGUGUCUGCAGAGUGUUGAGGCGCAGACAGAGGACGGGCCAUCGCCUCCUGAUGCUGCUGCCGAGUUGUCUGGAGAUGACGCUGCUGAGGAGCAACCUGACGAGCGGCCUGCUGACGAGCCGCCGGCACCUGAUCCGGAGCAGCCUCCUGCUGACCACCAUCAGCAAAGCACAGACCAAGUAAGACAAUCCACAAUGCCACACCGGAUUCUGACAGCACUCAAACCAUCGCUCCCUCUCUCUGUAUGCAGCCGCCGCCGUGCCAACAGGGUGAGACCGCCGAGGAGGCCGUCAUGGUUGACACCAUGCAGUGGUUGGGGCAGAAUGUCGAGCUGCACGGCGGCCGCCAGCCUCCUGAGGCCUUCCAACCCCGUGCUUACUUCGGCAUGCAGCCGGAGGGCGGGGACCGACCGGGCUACUACAGCCCUCCCCCCAACUACCGCCUGGAAGCGGACGCCGGUAGUGAGCCGAACUUCCUCCCAAGUGGCUGAACAGCAGCAACAGCCAGUGGAGCCACAGCAACAGCCACAGCAGGGGGGCCAGGGAGUACAGCAGCAGCAGCAGCAGCAGCAAGAGGG